AUGGACGAGCCACCGUCUCUGGAGCUGCACAGCCACCUCGAGCGCAUGCUCGAGGACGGGAGGGGCGCCGACGUGACGUUCAGCGUGGCCAACCAGGAGUUCCGCGCUCACAGUUUUCUCCUGGCGGCGCGAUCGCCGGUCCUGGCGGCGCAGCUAUUUGACCUAAUGGAGGGUGUGCGGCGAGUGGAGAUCGUGGACGUGGAGCCUGCCAUAUUCAAGAUGAUGCUUCACUACAUCUACACGGAGUCGCUGCCACCGUACGACGAUCAAGGCGGAAACAACAUCAGGGUGAUGCAGCAUUUACUGGUGGCAGCAAAUAGGUACGGCCUAGAAAGGUUGAAGCUGGUAUGCGAAGAAGAACUGUGCAAAAGAAUCGACUCAGAGACCAUCACAACCAUGUCGGCGUUGGCAGAUCAGCACCAGUGCAAACGCCUCAAAGUUGCAUGCAUGAAGUUCAAAUCAUCACCCAAGUAA